UCACACCGUACCUGUGGAGCGUUCGCCACUCCACAACACCACCAUGGGGACUUUACAUAUAACAACUAUAGUGUUAGUAACAUGGAUCACUCUAUCUUUUGGACUGGCUGCAGCACAAACGACCGUAGCAAUCAUUGAACCACUAACGAAAAUGCAACUGAUUUCAGGAAUUGCUUCAGCACAUAACGAGCUUGUCUGCAGCACAUGGGGAAAUUUCCACUUCUUGACGUUUGACGGAGACAUUUUCCAACUCCCGUCCACAUGUAAUCACAUCCUGACUUCGCGGUGCAAAGCCAGCUAUGAAGACUUUAACAUUCAGAUGAGACGGGAGAUCAGGAACGGUGAAGCCACGAUUAGCAAAAUCACCCUGAAGCUGGAAGGCACAGUGUUGGAGCUCAGUAAAGGCUUAAUCAGCAUCAACGGCCAACCGGUCAAGGCACCAUUUGCCGCCGGCGGAGUUUAUAUUGAAAUUCUCAGCUCUUACAUCUCCAUCAAAUCCACAGUGGGGGUAACAGCUUUGUGGAAUGAAGAUGAUGCCUUCAUGAUGGAAUUAGAUUCAAAGUACAAAAAUCAGACAUGCGGGCUUUGCGGUGACUUCAAUGGCGUCCCGGGUUACGAUGAAAUAAUCAAGGAUGGUGUGCUGCUCUCUCCUUCUGAUUAUGGAAAUCUCUGGAAGAUGGACGGACCCACAGAAAGAUGCGAGGAUGAACCUGUAAAAGAAUAUGAGAACUGCGGAGAUGAGAAUUUCUGCCGUCAGCUGUUCCUCGGGGAGGCGUUCAGCAGCUGCCACUCUCUGGUGUCGGUCGAUGUGUUCGUGAAAGCAUGUAUGGAGGAUCUCUGCCAGUGUAACACAACUACAGAGUCUUCCUGCUUGUGUAAAACCAUCGCAGAAUAUUCGCAUCAGUGUGUGCACGCAGGAGGGAGACCACAAAACUGGAGGACUGACUUGUUCUGCCCCAAGUCAUGCCCAAAUACCAUGGAGUACACAGAGUGUGGCAGUCCAUGCAUCGAUACCUGCUCGAACUCUGAGAGAGGAGAAGUGUGUGGAGAACACUGCAUAGACGGAUGCUUCUGUCCUCCAGGCACUGUGUGGGAUGAUGUCACCAACUCCAGCUGUAUUCCACUGAGUUCAUGCUCCUGUGUUCACGGAGGACAAAUUUAUCAGUCUGGAGAAAAUUACACAGCUAGCUGCAGAGAAUGCACCUGCUCAGGAGGUCAGUGGAACUGUGUGUAUAAAGACUGCCCUGGUACGUGCUCAGUUUCGGGAGGAUCGCACAUCAUAACAUUUGAUGAAAAACCCUACACGUUUCACGGGGAGUGUUCGUACGUCCUUGCAAAGGAGUGCACAGGCACCGAUUUCACCAUUCUGGGUGACUUGAUGAAAUGCGGACUGUCGGACAGUGAGACCUGCCUGAAAACAGUCACCCUCGCAUUAUCAAAAGGCAAUAAGGUGAUCCGAGUAGACUCGACUGGGAAUGUUGACGUGGACAGGAUUUACACACAGCUUCCACUUUUUACAGCUGAAGUGAGCAUCUUCAAGCCAUCUUCAUUCUACAUCGUCAUCAUGGCCAGCAACUCCCACCUUCUUCUGGAGAUCCAGCUCGUUCCCAUCAUGCAGGUUUUCAUCACGGUGGAUCCAGCUUUUCAAGGACAAACAUGUGGACUUUGUGGCAAUUUCAACAACAUUCAGGCGGACGAUUUCACCACGGCUGGUGGACUUAGAGAAGGAACGGCGGUGGAUUUUGCCAACACCUGGAAGACCAGAGCAAACUGUCCAGACAUCCAGAGAACCUUCGAGAACCCAUGCAGUCUGAGCACUGAAAAUGAGAAAUACGCGCAACACUGGUGUUCCCUGCUAUCAGAUCCUUCCGGAGUUUUCGCCCGCUGCCAUUCAGAAAUCAGCCCUGACACCUACAAAAAGAGCUGUAUAUAUGACACGUGUAACUGUGAGAAGUCAGAGGACUGCAUGUGCGCCGCACUGUCUUCAUACGCACACGCGUGUGCUGCUAAAGGGAUCAUCCUCAACGGCUGGAGAGAUGCUGCUUGCAAAAACUACACGGUGUGCCCCAGCUCCUUAGUUUACUCCUACGAAAUGACCAGCUGUCAGCGUACAUGUCGCUCCAUCGGGCAGAAUGACUACGCCUGCAGCAUCAACUUUGUGCCAGUGGAUGGUUGCGGGUGUGACUCGGGCACCUACAUGAAUGAAAAUGGAGUUUGUGUUACGGCAAACAACUGCCCAUGUUACGAUUUAAACACAGUCAUUCAGCCCGGCGAGAUCAUUAGCAAAGACGGCACCACGUGCACAUGUAAGCAAGGCAAACUGAGCUGCAUCGGUGUACUGAAAGUGCAAGAAUGUGCCAGCCCAAUGACAUUCUUCAACUGCUCCAGCUCUGCUCCCGGAAGCACUGGCUCUGAAUGUCAGAAAAGCUGCCAAACACUGGACAUGGCUUGUAUCAGCACAGGGUGUGUGUCCGGCUGUGUGUGUCCCUCUGGCCUUGUCUCCGAUGGAAAAGGUGGUUGUAUUUCUGAAGACCUUUGUCCAUGUGUCCAUAACGGAGUGAAUUAUCAACCUGGGGAGAGCGUUCAAGAUGGCUGCAACACAUGCACAUGUAAGGACAGAAGAUGGCAGUGCACCUCACAUCAGUGCAGGGCAACAUGUAGCAUCUAUGGAGACGGGCAUUACAUAACCUUCGAUGAAAAACGAUACAUGUUUAAUGGAAACUGUGAAUACGCCCUCGCUCAGGACUUCUGUAGUGGCAGUAGCACCAACGGCACUUUCAGAGUCAUCACUGAAAACAUUCCCUGUGGAACAAAGGGCACCACUUGCUCCAAAGCCAUCAAACUCUUCAUAGGAAGCAAUGAGCUGAUCCUCUCAGAUGGAACAUACCAAGUGGUACAGAGAAGCAAUGGAGGUGAAAUCCCCUACCAAAUCCGCACGAUGGGAAACUACUUGGUGGUUGAGACCUAUAACGGCGUAAUGCUCAUAUGGGACAGAAAAACAACAAUAUACAUUGUGCUCAGUCCUGAGUUUAAUGGAAAUGUGUGCGGUCUGUGUGGAAACUUUGAUGGCAAUGCCAACAACGACUUCACCACAAGAAGCCAAGAAGUUGUCAUUGACCCUAUCAAAUUUGGAAAUAGCUGGAAAGUGUCUCCUUCGUGUCCAGAGGCUUUCGCCAUUCAAGCUCCAUGCACUAAUAAUCCCUACAGGGAGGCAUGGGCACAGAAACAGUGCAGCAUCAUAAACAGUGACACUUUUGCCGCCUGCCAUUCACAGGUGGAACCGUCUUCUUAUUAUUCUGCAUGUGUGAGUGAUGCAUGUGCAUGUGACAGUGGAGGAGAUUGUGAGUGUUUCUGUACUGCUGUAGCAGCCUAUGCUAAGGCCUGUAGUGCUGCUGGAGUGUGUGUUCAAUGGAGAAGCCCAAAAAUUUGCCCGCUGUUCUGUGAUUACUACAACCCGCCUGGUGAGUGUGAGUGGCACUACAAACCUUGUGGUCACACGUGUAUGAAGACCUGCAGGAACCCCACAGGAAACUGCACAAUGCAGACUCCAGCACUGGAAGGUUGCUAUCCUGAAUGCCCAGAAGAUCUCCCCUUGUUUGAUGAGGAUACCAUGAAGUGUGUGGCACAGGGCCAGUGUGGCUGCUACGUUGAAAUGCUACGUUAUGAGAUCGGCCAAUCGGUCCCUGCUAAAAACAACUGUCAGAUAUGUGAGUGCACAUCAAAUGGAAAGGUCUGCAAAUAUGAUGUAAAUGCUUGUACCUGCCAACAAAAUAAUACUAUAUACAAGUAUGGAGACAUCAUUUACCACACAACGGAUGGAAUUGGAAACUGCAUUAUUGCUAUAUGUGCUGAGGAUGGAAACAUUAAUAAGACAGUGGCACCAUGUGAAACUACAGUUCCCCCAACAGUACCAACAACACCACUGUCUACAACACCAAAGCCUACAACUGUAUUUGUUUUUACCACACCAGAAACAACAACUCGAACUGCAACAACCACAGAAGCACGUCCAACGACUCCAACAAUCACGACAGGUGAAAACAAAACCACACGAAUCUCUGUGACAACAGAAACAACAGCAAUUGCUGCAAUCACAAAGACACCUAGCACACUUACUGGCACAACAAGCACAACAGCAAAACACACAACAUCAAUGAAAAGCAUGUCAACGUCUGUACCAACAGAAAUGACAAGCACAGCUCCACCAAAGACAACAUCUGUGCCACCAGAAAUGACGACCACUCAGCCUUUGGAAACUACUGCUGCCGAAGAAACCACUAUUUCCCCAGAAAAAACAACAUUGCCAAUUACGACUUUUCCAAUCACCACUACCACAGCACCAGAAGUAACGAGCACUGGGCCUUCCACAACUCCUUUUGUUAAAGAGACCACCAUAUCACCAGAAAUAACAACACCGACAACCAAACCAGUUGUAAAGGUAACCACAGUGCUUCCAGAAGUGACAACCACUCAGGCUCCUACAGCUCCUACCGAAGAGACCACAGGUCCAACAGAAACAACAACACUGACCACCACAGUUGUUCCAAAGACAUCAUCCCUGCCACCAGAAAUAACCACCACUAAGCCUCUGGAAACUACUACUGCCAAAGAAACCACUAUUUCCCCAGAAAAAACAACAUUGCCAAUUACGACUCUUCCAAUCACCACUACCACAGCACCAGAAGUAACGAGCACUGGGCCUUCCACAACUCCUUUUGUUAAAGAGACCACCAUAUCACCAGAAAUAACAACACUGACAACCAAACCAGUUGUAAAGGUAACCACGGUGCUUCCAGAAGUGACAACCACUCAGGCUCCUACAGCUCCUACCGAAGAGACCACAGGUCCAACAGAAACAACAACACUGACCACCACAGUUGUUCCAAAGACAUCAUCCCUGCCACCAGAAAUAACCACCACUAAGCCUCUGGAAACUACUACUGCCAAAGAAACCACUAUUUCCCCAGAAAAAACAACAUUGCCAAUUACGACUCUUCCAAUCACCACUACCACAGCACCAGAAGUAACGAGCACUGGGCCUUCCACAACUCCUUUUGUUAAAGAGACCACCAUAUCACCAGAAAUAACAACACUGACAACCAAACCAGUUGUAAAGGUAACCACGGUGCUUCCAGAAGUGACAACCACUCAGGCUCCUACAGCUCCUACCGAAGAGACCACAGGUCCAACAGAAACAACAACACUGACCACCACAGUUGUUCCAAAGACAUCAUCCCUGCCACCAGAAAUAACCACCACUAAGCCUCUGGAAACUACUACUGCCAAAGAAACCACUAUUUCCCCAGAAAAAACAACAUUGCCAAUUACGACUCUUCCAAUCACCACUACCACAGCACCAGAAGUAACGAGCACUGGGCCUUCCACAACUCCUUUUGUUAAAGAGACCACCAUAUCACCAGUAAUAACAACACUGACAACCAAACCAGUUGUAAAGGUAACCACGGUGCUUCCAGAAGUGACAACCACUCAGGUUCCUACAGCUCCUACCGAAGAGACCACAGGUCCAACAGAAACAACAACACUGACCACCACAGUUGUUCCAAAGACAUCAUCCCUGCCACCAGAAAUAACCACCACUAAGCCUCUGGAAACUACUACUGCCAAAGAAACCACUAUUUCCCCAGAAAAAACAACAUUGCCAAUUACGACUCUUCCAAUCACCACUACCACAGCACCCGAAGUAACGAGCACUGGGCCUUCCACAACUCCUUUUGUUAAAGAGACCACCAUAUCACCAGAAAUAACAACACUGACAACCAAACCAGUUGUAAAGGUAACCACAGUGCUUCCAGAAGUGACAACCACUCAGGUUCCUACAGCUCCUACCGAAGAGACCACAGGUCCAAUAGAAACAACAACACUGACCACCACAGUUGUUCCAAAGACAACACCCCUGCCACCAGAAAUAACCACCACUAAGCCUCUGGAAACUACUACUGCCAAAGAAACCACUAUUUCCCCAGAAAAAACAACAUUGCCAAUUACGACUCUUCCAAUCACCACUACCACAGCACCAGAAGUAACGAGCACUGGGCCUUCCACAACUCCUUUUGUUAAAGAGACCACCAUAUCACCAGAAAUAACAACACUGACAACCAAACCAGUUGUAAAGGUAACCACAGUGCUUCCAGAAGUGACAACCACUCAGGUUCCUACAGCUCCUACCGAAGAGACCACAGGUCCAAUAGAAACAACAACACUGACCACCACAGUUGUUCCAAAGACAACACCCCUGCCACCAGAAAUAACCACCACUAAGCCUCUGGAAACUACUACUGCCAAAGAAACCACUAUUUCCCCAGAAAAAACAACAUUGCCAAUUACAACUCUUCCAAUCACCACUACCACAGCACCAGAAGUAACGAGCACUGGGCCUUCCACAACUCCUUUUGUUAAAGAGACCACCAUAUCACCAGAAAUAACAACACUGACAACCAAACCAGUUGUAAAGGUAACCACAGUGCUUCCAGAAGUGACAACCACUCAGGUUCCUACAGCUCCUACCGAAGAGACCACAGGUCCAACAGAAACAACAACACUGACCACCACAGUUGUUCCAAAGACAUCAUCCCUGCCACCAGAAAUAACCACCACUAAGCCUCUGGAAACUACUACUGCCAAAGAAACCACUAUUUCCCCAGAAAAAACAACAUUGCCAAUUACAACUCUUCCAAUCACCACUACCACAGCACCAGAAGUAACGAGCACUGGGCCUUCCACAACUCCUUUUGUUAAAGAGACCACCAUAUCACCAGAAAUAACAACACUGACAACCAAACCAGUUGUAAAGGUAACCACGGUGCUUCCAGAAGUGACAACCACUCAGGCUCCUACAGCUCCUACCGAAGAGACCACAGGUCCAACAGAAACAACAACACUGACCACCACAGUUGUUCCAAAGACAACAUCCCUGCCACCAGAAAUAACCACCACUAAGCCUCUGGAAACUACUACUGCCAAAGAAACCACUAUUUCCCCAGAAAAAACAACAUUGCCAAUUACGACUCUUCCAAUCACCACUACCACAGCACCAGAAGUAACGAGCACUGGGCCUUCCACAACUCCUUUUGUUAAAGAGACCACAAUAUCACCAGAAAUAACAACACUGACAACCAAACCAGUUGUAAAGGUAACCACAGUGCUUCCAGAAGUGACAACCACUCAGGCUCCUACAGCUCCUACCGAAGAGACCACAGGUCCAACAGAAACAACAACACUGACCACCACAGUUGUUCCAAAGACAACAUCCCUGCCACCAGAAAUAACCACCACUAAGCCUCUGGAAACUACUACUGCCAAAGAAACCACUAUUUCCCCAGAAAAAACAACAUUGCCAAUUACGACUCUUCCAAUCACCACUACCACAGCACCAGAGGUAACGACCACUGGGCCUUCCACAACUCCUUUUGUUAAAGAGACCACCAUAUCACAAGAAAUAACAACACUGACAACCAAACCAGUUGUAAAGGUAACCACAGUGCUUCCAGAAGUGACAACCACUCAGGUUCCUACAGCUCCUACCGAAGAGACCACAGGUCCAACAGAAACAACAACACUGACCACCACAGUUGUUCCAAAGACAACACCCCUGCCACCAGAAAUAACCACCACUAAGCCUCUGGAAACUACUACUGCCAAAGAAACCACUAUUUCCCCAGAAAAAACAACAUUGCCAAUUACGACUCUUCCAAUCACCACUACCACAGCACCAGAAGUAACGAGCACUGGGCCUUCCACAACUCCUUUUGUUAAAGAGACCACCAUAUCACCAGAAAUAACAACACUGACAACCAAACCAGUUGUAAAGGUAACCACAGUGCUUCCAGAAGUGACAACCACUCAGGCUCCUACAGCUCCUACCGAAGAGACCACAGGUCCAACAGAAACAACAACACUGACCACCACAGUUGUUCCAAAGACAUCAUCCCUGCCACCAGAAAUAACCACCACUAAGCCUCUGGAAACUACUACUGCCAAAGAAACCACUAUUUCCCCAGAAAAAACAACAUUGCCAAUUACGACUCUUCCAAUCACCACUACCACAGCACCAGAAGUAACGAGCACUGGGCCUUCCACAACUCCUUUUGUUAAAGAGACCACCAUAUCACCAGAAAUAACAACACUGACAACCAAACCAGUUGUAAAGGUAACCACAGUGCUUCCAGAAGUGACAACCACUCAGGUUCCUACAGCUCCUACCGAAGAGACCACAGGUCCAACAGAAACAACAACACUGACCACCACAGUUGUUCCAAAGACAUCAUCCCUGCCACCAGAAAUAACCACCACUAAGCCUCUGGAAACUACUACUGCCAAAGAAACCACUAUUUCCCCAGAAAAAACAACAUUGCCAAUUACGACUCUUCCAAUCACCACUACCACAGCACCCGAAGUAACGAGCACUGGGCCUUCCACAACUCCUUUUGUUAAAGAGACCACCAUAUCACCAGAAAUAACAACACUGACAACCAAACCAGUUGUAAAGGUAACCACAGUGCUUCCAGAAGUGACAACCACUCAGGUUCCUACAGCUCCUACCGAAGAGACCACAGGUCCAACAGAAACAACAACACUGACCACCACAGUUGUUCCAAAGACAACACCCCUGCCACCAGAAAUAACCACCACUAAGCCUCUGGAAACUACUACUGCCAAAGAAACCACUAUUUCCCCAGAAAAAACAACAUUGCCAAUUACGACUCUUCCAAUCACCACUACCACAGCACCAGAAGUAACGAGCACUGGGCCUUCCACAACUCCUUUUGUUAAAGAGACCACCAUAUCACCAGAAAUAACAACACUGACAACCAAACCAGUUGUAAAGGUAACCACAGUGCUUCCAGAAGUUACAACCACUCAGGCUCCUACAGCUCCUACCGAAGAGACCACAGGUCCAAUAGAAACAACAACACUGACCACCACAGUUGUUCCAAAGACAACACCCCUGCCACCAGAAAUAACCACCACUAAGCCUCUGGAAACUACUACUGCCAAAGAAACCACUAUUUCCCCAGAAAAAACAACAUUGCCAAUUACAACUCUUCCAAUCACCACUACCACAGCACCAGAAGUAACGAGCACUGGGCCUUCCACAACUCCUUUUGUUAAAGAGACCACCAUAUCACCAGAAAUAACAACACUGACAACCAAACCAGUUGUAAAGGUAACCACAGUGCUUCCAGAAGUGACAACCACUCAGGUUCCUACAGCUCCUACUGAAGAGACCACAGGUCCAAUAGAAACAACAACACUGACCACCACAGUUGUUCCAAAGACAACAUCCCUGCCACCAGAAAUAACCACCACUAAGCCUCUGGAAACUACUACUGCCAAAGAAACCACUAUUUCCCCAGAAAAAACAACAUUGCCAAUUACAACUCUUCCAAUCACCACUACCACAGCACCAGAAGUAACGAGCACUGGGCCUUCCACAACUCCUUUUGUUAAAGAGACCACCAUAUCACCAGAAAUAACAACACUGACAACCAAACCAGUUGUAAAGGUAACCACAGUGCUUCCAGAAGUGACAACCACUCAGGCUCCUACAGCUCCUACCGAAGAGACCACAGGUCCAACAGAAACAACAACACUGACCACCACAGUUGUUCCAAAGACAACAUCCCUGCCACCAGAAAUAACUACCACUAAGCCUCUGGAAACUACUACUGCCAAAGAAACCACUAUUUCCCCAGAAAAAACAACAUUGCCAAUUACAACUCUUCCAAUCACCACUACCACAGCACCAGAAGUAACGAGCACUGGGCCUUCCACAACUCCUUUUGUUAAAGAGACCACCAUAUCACCAGAAAUAACAACACUGACAACCAAACCAGUUGUAAAGGUAACCACAGUGCUUCCAGAAGUGACAACCACUCAGGUUCCUACAGCUCCUACCGAAGAGACCACAGGUCCAACAGAAACAACAACACUGACCACCACAGUUGUUCCAAAGACAACAUCCCUGCCACCAGAAAUAACCACCACUAAGCCUCUGGAAACUACUACUGCCAAAGAAACCACUAUUUCCCCAGAAAAAACAACAUUGCCAAUUACGACUCUUCCAAUCACCACUACCACAGCACCAGAAGUAACGAGCACUGGGCCUUCCACAACUCCUUUUGUUAAAGAGACCACCAUAUCACCAGAAAUAACAACACUGACAACCAAACCAGUUGUAAAGGUAACCACAGUGCUUCCAGAAGUGACAACCACUCAGGUACCUACAGCUCCUACCGAAGAGACCACAGGUCCAAUAGAAACAACAACACUGACCACCACAGUUGUUCCAAAGACAACACCCCUGCCACCAGAAAUAACCACCGUUAAGCCUCUGGAAACUACUACUGCCAAAGAAACCACUAUUUCCCCAGAAAAAACAACAUUGCCAAUUACGACUCUUCCAAUCACCACUACCACAGCACCAGAAGUAACGAGCACUGGGCCUUCCACAACUCCUUUUGUUAAAGAGACCACCAUAUCACCAGAAAUAACAACACUGACAACCAAACCAGUUGUAAAGGUAACCACAGUGCUUCCAGAAGUGACAACCACUCAGGUUCCUACAGCUCCUACCGAAGAGACCACAGGUCCAACAGAAACAACAACACUGACCACCACAGUUGUUCCAAAGACAACAUCCCUGCCACCAGAAAUAACCACCACUAAGCCUCUGGAAACUACUACUGCCAAAGAAACCACUAUUUCCCCAGAAAAAACAACAUUGCCAAUUACGACUCUUCCAAUCACCACUACCACAGCACCAGAAGUAACGAGCACUGGGCCUUCCACAACUCCUUUUGUUAAAGAGACCACCAUAUCACCAGAAAUAACAACACUGACAACCAAACCAGUUGUAAAGAUAACCACAGUGCUUCCAGAAGUGACAACCACUCAGGCUCCUACAGCUCCUACCGAAGAGACCACAGGUCCAACAGAAACAACAACACUGACCACCACAGUUGUUCCAAAGACAUCAUCCCUGCCACCAGAAAUAACCACCACUAAGCCUCUGGAAACUACUACUGCCAAAGAAACCACUAUUUCCCCAGAAAAAACAACAUUGCCAAUUACGACUCUUCCAAUCACCACUACCACAGCACCAGAAGUAACGAGCACUGGGCCUUCCACAACUCCUUUUGUUAAAGAGACCACCAUAUCACCAGAAAUAACAACACUGACAACCAAACCAGUUGUAAAGGUAACCACAGUGCUUCCAGAAGUGACAACCACUCAGGCUCCUACAGCUCCUACCGAAGAGACCACAGGUCCAACAGAAACAACAACACUGACCACCACAGUUGUUCCAAAGACAUCAUCCCUGCCACCAGAAAUAACCACCACUAAGCCUCUGGAAACUACUACUGCCAAAGAAACCACUAUUUCCCCAGAAAAAACAACAUUGCCAAUUACGACUCUUCCAAUCACCACUACCACAGCACCAGAAGUAACGAGCACUGGGCCUUCCACAACUCCUUUUGUUAAAGAGACCACCAUAUCACCAGAAAUAACAACACUGACAACCAAACCAGUUGUAAAGGUAACCACAGUGCUUCCAGAAGUGACAACCACUCAGGCUCCUACAGCUCCUACCGAAGAGACCACAGGUCCAACAGAAACAACAACACUGACCACCACAGUUGUUCCAAAGACAACAUCCCUGCCACCAGAAAUAACCACCACUAAGCCUCUGGAAACUACUACUGCCAAAGAAACCACUAUUUCCCCAGAAAAAACAACAUUGCCAAUUACAACUCUUCCAAUCACCACUACCACAGCACCAGAAGUAACGAGCACUGGGCCUUCCACAACUCCUUUUGUUAAAGAGACCACCAUAUCACCAGAAAUAACAACACUGACAACCAAACCAGUUGUAAAGGUAACCACAGUGCUUCCAGAAGUGACAACCACUCAGGUACCUACAGCUCCUACCGAAGAGACCACAGGUCCAAUAGAAACAACAACACUGACCACCACAGUUGUUCCAAAGACAACACCCCUGCCACCAGAAAUAACCACCGUUAAGCCUCUGGAAACUACUACUGCCAAAGAAACCACUAUUUCCCCAGAAAAAACAACAUUGCCAAUUACGACUCUUCCAAUCACCACUACCACAGCACCAGAAGUAACGAGCACUGGGCCUUCCACAACUCCUUUUGUUAAAGAGACCACCAUAUCACCAGAAAUAACAACACUGACAACCAAACCAGUUGUAAAGAUAACCACAGUGCUUCCAGAAGUGACAACCACUCAGGCUCCUACAGCUCCUACCGAAGAGACCACAGGUCCAACAGAAACAACAACACUGACCACCACAGUUGUUCCAAAGACAUCAUCCCUGCCACCAGAAAUAACCACCACUAAGCCUCUGGAAACUACUACUGCCAAAGAAACCACUAUUUCCCCAGAAAAAACAACAUUGCCAAUUACGACUCUUCCAAUCACCACUACCACAGCACCAGAAGUAACGAGCACUGGGCCUUCCACAACUCCUUUUGUUAAAGAGACCACCAUAUCACCAGAAAUAACAACACUGACAACCAAACCAGUUGUAAAGGUAACCACGGUGCUUCCAGAAGUGACAACCACUCAGGCUCCUACAGCUCCUACCGAAGAGACCACAGGUCCAACAGAAACAACAACACUGACCACCACAGUUGUUCCAAAGACAUCAUCCCUGCCACCAGAAAUAACCACCACUAAGCCUCUGGAAACUACUACUGCCAAAGAAACCACUAUUUCCCCAGAAAAAACAACAUUGCCAAUUACGACUCUUCCAAUCACCACUACCACAGCACCAGAAGUAACGAGCACUGGGCCUUCCACAACUCCUUUUGUUAAAGAGACCACCAUAUCACCAGAAAUAACAACACUGACAACCAAACCAGUUGUAAAGGUAACCACGGUGCUUCCAGAAGUGACAACCACUCAGGCUCCUACAGCUCCUACCGAAGAGACCACAGGUCCAACAGAAACAACAACACUGACCACCACAGUUGUUCCAAAGACAACAUCCCUGCCACCAGAAAUAACCACCACUAAGCCUCUGGAAACUACUACUGCCAAAGAAACCACUAUUUCCCCAGAAAAAACAACAUUGCCAAUUACAACUCUUCCAAUCACCACUACCACAGCACCAGAAGUAACGAGCACUGGGCCUUCCACAACUCCUUUUGUUAAAGAGACCACCAUAUCACCAGAAAUAACAACACUGACAACCAAACCAGUUGUAAAGGUAACCACAGUGCUUCCAGAAGUGACAACCACUCAGGUACCUACAGCUCCUACCGAAGAGACCACAGGUCCAAUAGAAACAACAACACUGACCACCACAGUUGUUCCAAAGACAACAUCCCUGCCACCAGAAAUAACCACCACUAAGCCUCUGGAAACUACUACUGCCAAAGAAACCACUAUUUCCCCAGAAAAAACAACAUUGCCAAUUACGACUCUUCCAAUCACCACUACCACAGCACCAGAAGUAACGAGCACUGGGCCUUCCACAACUCCUUUUGUUAAAGAGACCACCAUAUCACCAGAAAUAACAACACUGACAACCAAACCAGUUGUAAAGGUAACCACGGUGCUUCCAGAAGUGACAACCACUCAGGCUCCUACAGCUCCUACCGAAGAGACCACAGGUCCAACAGAAACAACAACACUGACCACCACAGUUGUUCCAAAGACAACAUCCCUGCCACCAGAAAUAACCACCACUAAGCCUCUGGAAACUACUACUGCCAAAGAAACCACUAUUUCCCCAGAAAAAACAACAUUGCCAAUUACAACUCUUCCAAUCACCACUACCACAGCACCAGAAGUAACGAGCACUGGGCCUUCCACAACUCCUUUUGUUAAAGAGACCACCAUAUCACCAGAAAUAACAACACUGACAACCAAACCAGUUGUAAAGGUAACCACAGUGCUUCCAGAAGUGACAACCACUCAGGUUCCUACAGCUCCUACCGAAGAGACCACAGGUCCAAUAGAAACAACAACACUGACCACCACAGUUGUUCCAAAGACAACAUCCCUGCCACCAGAAAUAACCACCACUAAGCCUCUGGAAACUACUACUGCCAAAGAAACCACUAUUUCCCCAGAAAAAACAACAUUGCCAAUUACGACUCUUCCAAUCACCACUACCACAGCACCAGAAGUAACGAGCACUGGGCCUUCCACAACUCCUUUUGUUAAAGAGACCACCAUAUCACCAGAAAUAACAACACUGACAACCAAACCAGUUGUAAAGGUAACCACAGUGCUUCCAGAAGUGACAACCACUCAGGUUCCUACAGCUCCUACCGAAGAGACCACAGGUCCAACAGAAACAACAACACUGACCACCACAGUUGUUCCAAAGACAUCAUCCCUGCCACCAGAAAUAACCACCACUAAGCCUCUGGAAACUACUACUGCCAAAGAAACCACUAUUUCCCCAGAAAAAACAACAUUGCCAAUUACGACUCUUCCAAUCACCACUACCACAGCACCAGAAGUAACGAGCACUGGGCCUUCCACAACUCCUUUUGUUAAAGAGACCACCAUAUCACCAGAAAUAACAACACUGACAACCAAACCAGUUGUAAAGGUAACCACAGUGCUUCCAGAAGUGACAACCACUCAGGUUCCUACAGCUCCUACCGAAGAGCCCACAGGUCCAACAGAAACAACAACACUGACCACCACAGUUGUUCCAAAGACAACAUCCCUGCCACCAGAAAUAACCACCACUAAGCCUCUGGAAACUACUACUGCCAAAGAAACCACUAUUUCCCCAGAAAAAACAACAUUGCCAAUUACGACUCUUCCAAUCACCACUACCACAGCACCAGAAGUAACGAGCACUGGGCCUUCCACAACUCCUUUUGUUAAAGAGACCACCAUAUCACCAGAAAUAACAACACUGACAACCAAACCAGUUGUAAAGGUAACCACAGUGCUUCCAGAAGUGACAACCACUCAGGCUCCUACAGCUCCUACCGAAGAGACCACAGGUCCAACAGAAACAACAACACUGACCACCACAGUUGUUCCAAAGACAUCAUCCCUGCCACCAGAAAUAACCACCACUAAGCCUCUGGAAACUACUACUGCCAAAGAAACCACUAUUUCCCCAGAAAAAACAACAUUGCCAAUUACGACUCUUCCAAUCACCACUACCACAGCACCAGAAGUAACGAGCACUGGGCCUUCCACAACUCCUUUUGUUAAAGAGACCACCAUAUCACCAGAAAUAACAACACUGACAACCAAACCAGUUGUAAAGGUAACCACAGUGCUUCCAGAAGUGACAACCACUCAGGCUCCUACAGCUCCUACCGAAGAGACCACAGGUCCAACAGAAACAACAACACUGACCACCACAGUUGUUCCAAAGACAACAUCCCUACCACCAGAAAUAACCACCACUAAGCCUCUGGAAACUACUACUGCCAAAGAAACCACUAUUUCCCCAGAAAAAACAACAUUGCCAAUUACAACUCUUCCAAUCGCCACUACCACAGCACCAGAAGUAACGAGCACUGGGCCUUCCACAACUCCUUUUGUUAAAGAGACCACCAUAUCACCAGAAAUAACAACACUGACAACCAAACCAGUUGUAAAGGUAACCACAGUGCUUCCAGAAGUGACAACCACUCAGGCUCCUACAGCUCCUACCGAAGAGACCACAGGUCCAACAGAAACAACAACACUGACCACCACAGUUGUUCCAAAGACAACAUCCCCGCCACCAGAAAUAACCACCACUAAGCCUCUGGAAACUACUACUGCCGAACAAACCACUACUUCCCCAGAAAAAACAACAUUGCCAAUUACGACUCUUCCAAUCACCACUACCACAGCACCCGAAGUAACGAGCACUGGGCCUUCCACAACUCCUUUUGUUAAAGAGACCACCAUAUCACCAGAAAUAACAACACUGACAAGUACACCAACUUCAAUUGUCCCUACAGCUCUUUCUAAGACAACAAUGUCAGUUGUAACUGGACUCAAACCAACUGCUCCAAUAACAGGCCCGCAAACGAAUGUUAGUACCACUAUAACUUCACCUGUGACUUCAGCACUUGUCUGUUGUUUUGUGAAUGGAACAAAUUUUCCACCAGAGACCAUCAUUUACAACAAAACUGAUGGCUUUGGGUGGUGCUAUACUGGAUACUGCAAUGCCACUUGUGCUGUUGUCAUAAAAUCAUAUUCCUGUUUGACAACACCACCUCCCAUUACCACCACACCAUUCAGUACCACAGCAUUUACAAGUACUCCAACCAUAACUCCAACAAGUAUUCCCACUGUUGCCACACCUUCUACAACUGUAGCCCCAGACUGUACCAGUCUUAACCCACCAAGAAAGGAUGGGGAGUCCUGGAAUGUGGAUAACUGCACCACUGCAACAUGUACAAAUGGCUCAGUCAUCUACACACCAUACCAGUGUAGCACAGCUGAACCGAUAAACUGUGCAAAUGGCCGAACACCCAAAAAGGUUAAUGAUGAGACAGGCUGCUGCUUCAAAUACGAAUGUGAAUGCUCUUGUAGUGGAUGGAGCGGCUCUCAUUAUGUCACAUUUGAUGGAACAGCUUAUACCUUCAGUGAUAACUGCUCAUACAUUUUGGUUCAACAAAUUUACAAUGCAAAUCUGAAAAUCAUCCUUGACAAGGAAGCAUGCAGCACUGGGAGCUCAUUCUGCCCACAGAGCCUGAUAAUUACAUACAAUUCCCAGGAUGUUAUUCUGACCCAGAAAAUGACUUCAGAUGGUGCAUCCAAUGUGGUGAUGGUGAACAACAAACAAGUCUAUCCUGUUUUCAAAAAUGCUAAUUUCAUCAUCACAAGCACAGGCAUGGAGGUCAUAGUGUUGAUUCAAGAGAUUCAGGCUCAAGUGACCUACACAGGGACCACUUUUAACAUUUACUUGCCCUUCUCUGAGUUUCAUAACAAUACAGAAGGCCUAUGCGGGACCUGUGAUAAUGAUCAAACGAAUGACUGCAGGUCACCCUCUGGUCAAAUUGAAUCCUGUGAGCACACUGCACCAGACUGGCAGGUUCCCAAUAAGACGUGCAUAAUACCCACCACUCUCCCUCCAAUUACCAUUUCUACCAUUCCCCCCUCCACCACACCCUACCCAUGCCAGCCAGCCAUUUGUGAGCUCUUCAACAGCAGUGUGUUUGAAGAAUGCCGUAGCAUCAUUCCUUUAGAGCCAUAUAUGAAGAGUUGCAAACAGGAUGUGUGCUCUGGAAACCCUGGUUGCACGAGUCUGCAGGCUUAUGCAUCCGCAUGUGCUAAAGCAGGAGUGUGUGUAACCUGGAGGAAUUACACUAAUGGAGAAUGCGAGGUUAAAUGUCCUUCCACUAAAGUCUACGAAGCCUGUGGCCCAGCUGUCCAACCAACCUGCAAUUCUCAAUAUAAUGAAAAGUACCAGGGGAUAAUGGGAUCUGGAAGCACAGAACUGAAGGAGGGAUGUUUCUGUAUGAAAGGCACCGUCCUGUUCAACAGCUACUCAGAUGUCUGCGUUACAUCCUGCGCUUGCAUAGGCCCUAAUGGUAAUCCCAUAAUGCCGAAUGAAACAUGGCAAAUUGGCUGCCAACUGUGUGAGUGUAAUGUUGAAAGCUUGAGCACACAGUGUAACCCAGUCGUAUGUCCAACCACGACGAUGCCCACUUGUAAUACAACCGGAGAAGUGCUCAUUAACAAAACAGACGGCUGCUGCGAGAGCUACGAAUGUAAGUGUGAUCAAAGUCAGUGUAUCAAGCCCACUAUGGGCUGCCCGCUGGGUUUCACAAUAGAGAUAGAUACAAGACCAGGAGACUGCUGUCCUACAUACACCUGCAAACCCAUGGAAGUCUGUGUGCAGAAUGGAACAAUAUAUCAGCCGAGUUCCCCCAUGCCCAGUGAUAAUGUGUGUGAGGAAUGCAAAUGCGGCUUGUCUGUGGAUCCCAACACUAAACUUCUGACUCCAGUGUGCACAAAACAACAAUGUAAUGUGAUAUGUGACAAGGGUUAUGAGCUUAAGCCUGUCCCUGGCAAGUGCUGUGGAGAGUGUGUGAGGACGAGCUGUGUGGUCACGAUUAACAAUGUCACGGAGACCAUCCCAAUUAACCAAACACUUUCCCCACCUGAUGAUAAAUGUGUGAAUUACACCUGCCAGGAUGUUAACGGUGAGCCCAUGGUAAAGGAAAGCAGGAAAACAUGUCCCAAAUUCAACCCAGAAAUCUGUGUCCCGGGAACAGAGACGACUGACGCCGAUGGUUGCUGCAUGAGCUGUACUCCACGGAGCAACUGUUACGUCCAUACGAAUGCCAGUGUGCUGGUUCAUGAUGGCUGCAAAAGCACAACCCCGGUGGAGCUCACUUCCUGCUCAGGAACCUGUGACACGUCCUCUAUGUACUCUUCAGAGUCCAACACUCUGGUACACAAAUGCUCCUGCUGUCAGGAGAAGGAAACCAGUAAGAAGGAAGUGGAGAUGAUUUGCCCUGAUGGAUCAAAGACCACAUACACGUAUAUUUACAUCAACUCGUGUGGAUGCAAGGAAUACGAAUGCAUGCAAAAUGACAGACGCCGAAGGAGACGUUGAACUUUGAACCGUUCUUGAAACCGAAUGUCAAAAUGCACGUUAAUCUAAAUGUAACGUUUUAUUUUAAAGAUUAGGGUUCCUCUCUAGUAGCCUAUCUAGUGCUUCUCCUCUUCUUCUUGUAAAUGCAUGCAAUGAGUCAUCAAAUGAAGGAAAAACUAUAUUCACAUUUAUGCUAUUAUUAUUAUUAUUAAUAUUAUUAUUGUAAGAAUGUGUUAAAAGCUUGUUGACAGGAUGUUCAGUGUGUUGUGCUUAUAAAGUGCACGUGAGGAAGUUCUUCUUUGUACUUUGUCUUUUGGUUCUCAAUAAAUUACUGCAGUUUAAAAA